CCCUACGGGCGGAGCUUAAAGGGGGCUUUAAGGGGAGGGCCCGAGGACGGCCAGGGUCCUCCGGGGAUUAGCGCUGGGUGGGCGAACCCAGUGUGCCGCCAUUUCUUGGUGUUCUCUGAGGAGCCCCUUCCUCAUUCUCUCUCGGGAGUUUUCCUCUCUGGUCGCCGGUGCCCCGAGGCCCCCUCACUGUCGACCGUCGUCCUCAACCCAGAGUGACAAAAUGCUGAGCUUCCUACGUAGAACUCUGGGGCGCCGCUCCCUGCGUAAACACGCUGAGAAAGAACGACUCAGAGAGGCACAACGAGCUGCCACACACAUUCCUGCAUCUGGAGAUUCUAAAUCAAUCAUCACAUGUCGGGUGUCCCUUCUGGAUGGUACUGAUGUUAGUGUGGACUUGCCGAAAAAAGCCAAAGGACAAGAACUGUUUGAUCAGAUUAUGUACCACCUGGACCUUAUUGAAAGUGACUAUUUUGGUCUGAGAUUUAUGGAUUCAGCGCAAGUAGCACACUGGUUGGAUGGUACAAAAAGCAUCAAGAAGCAAGUAAAAAUUGGUUCACCUUAUUGUCUGCAUCUUCGAGUUAAGUUUUAUUCCUCAGAGCCAAACAAUCUUCGUGAAGAGCUAACCCGGUAUUUGUUUGUUCUUCAGUUAAAACAAGAUAUUCUCAGUGGAAAAUUAGAAUGUCCUUUUGAUACAGCAGUGCAACUGGCAGCUUACAAUCUACAAGCUGAACUUGGUGACUAUGAUCUUGCUGAACAUAGUCCUGAACUUGUCUCUGAGUUCAGGUUUGUGCCCAUUCAGACUGAGGAAAUGGAACUGGCUAUUUUUGAGAAAUGGAAGGAAUACAGAGGUCAGACACCAGCACAAGCUGAAACCAAUUAUCUGAAUAAAGCCAAAUGGCUAGAAAUGUAUGGGGUUGAUAUGCAUGUGGUUAAGGCUAGAGAUGGGAAUGACUAUAGUUUGGGACUAACCCCAACAGGAGUCCUUGUUUUUGAAGGCGAGACCAAAAUUGGCUUAUUUUUUUGGCCCAAGAUAACCAGAUUGGAUUUUAAGAAGAAUAAGUUAACCCUAGUGGUGGUAGAAGAUGAUGAUCAGGGCAAAGAACAGGAGCAUACAUUUGUGUUCAGACUGGAUCAUCCAAAAGCAUGCAAACAUUUGUGGAAAUGUGCUGUGGAGCAUCAUGCCUUUUUUCGCCUCCGAGGCCCUGUCCAAAAGAGUUCUCAUCGCUCAGGAUUUAUUCGACUAGGAUCACGAUUUAGAUACAGUGGGAAAACUGAGUAUCAAACUACAAAAACUAAUAAAGCAAGAAGAUCAGCAUCCUUUGAAAGAAGACCCAGCAAACGAUAUUCUCGACGAACUCUACAAAUGAAAGCAAGUUCACCAAAACCUGAAGAACUCAGUGUUCACAACAAUGUUUCAACCCAGAAUAAGGAGUCACAACAGGCUUGGGGUAUGAAAUCUACUGUGCCUUUGAUUCCUUCCACAUCCUCUGGUCCUGUGCUGGUGGAAAUAGAGAAUCUUCCACGGAGUUCUGGAAUGGAUCAGCAUGACAGGAAAUGCUUGCCUCUGAAUACUGAUUUACUACAGAAGCCAGACUUCCUGGAAACUACCAUUAGUGAUGUAAUUGAGGUAUCAGACACCAUAGAAACAUCUCCAACACUGGAUGACAUUAACACAGCCACCAUGCCAUCUGGGUUAGAGGAUACUAAAGUUGAAUGUGGAACAUUGAAAGAUGCGUCAGAGAAGCUCAAACAGCUUGAGAUAGAGAACAGUCCUUUGCCACCCCCCCGAUCCAGCGUCGAUGUUAACAUCAACAGCCAGGCAGAAGUGGUGAAGUUGACUGAGAAAUGUCUUAAUAAUGCCAUUGAGAGCCCAGGAUUGAAUGCCAUGAGAGUUCCUCCUGAUUUCAAGAGUAACAUUUUGAAGGCUCAAGUAGAAGCAGUGCAUAAGGUUAUAAGAGAAGAUAGCUUAUUAAGUCACGGAAGCACCAGUGUUCCAGAUGCUCCUACAAUCAGUGUUGUAGUAAGUGAGAAUAAUGUGCCCGUCUCCAAAGAUUCUCUUUCCGUGGUACAUACCACACCUGUGGACAAGGAUUCUCUUCUAAAGGAUGCUACAGAUGAAUUGGAUGCCUUGCUCUUAUCUCUAACUGAGAAUCUAAUUGAUCACACAGUCACACCCCAGGUUUCUUCAGCAUCCAUAAUCACACCCCGGUGGAUUAUCCCACAGAGUAGUGCCAUUUCUAAUGGACUUGCUGGAUGUGGAACGUCUUUGGCAGAGAAGGAGGGACAUGGUAAUAAAGAUGGAAUCUCACUGAUCUCUCCCCCAGCACCAUUCUUGGUAGAUGCUGUGACCAGUUCUGCACCAACUUUGGCUGAAGACACUGUCUUGAAGCAGAAGUGUUUACUGACCACUGAGCUUUAAGAGACUGCCCCUCCCAACUGGUAACUGGAAUGCCCAGCACUCUCUAGCUCUUUGUCCUGGAAUCUGUUUGUCCUGGAAUCUGUUCCAGCUGGAAUGUGUUGCAUUCUGCAGCUUGUCCUUUGCUUAUAGGUAAAAAAAGUUCUACCUACAUUUAACUUCAACUCUGUUUUAAAAAGCUACAUUUUCCAUCCAACUGGAAGAAUUUAAUCAGACUACAUACUUUCCCAAAGGAGGGUAUCUGGUUUUUUACUUUAUAUAAUUUCAUUAGAGUUGGUAAUUCCUAAAUCAAGAGAAUUAACUUUCCCUGCAGUUUCCUUCAAACUCUUGGCUCCACCUAGCGGUUGUAAUUGUUCAUCAUGACUUUAUAACAAGACUGCCUCUGGCAGUUAUCGACCUUUUUUUUUCUCUCUGUCUGUACUGGGGAUCGAACUCAGGACCUUGUGCUUGCAAGGCAGGCACAGUGCCACUGAACUAAAUCCUCGGCCCUGUUAGCCUUUUAAUUGCUGUUUCCCUCUGUAGUAUCAGGGUAAGCAUCCUUGAUCUGAAUUCUUGUUAAAAAAUUGUACUUUUCCAUGCAUUACGUGUAAAUCAGGAAUUUAGAAAUUGAUGCAGACAAUACCUAGAUAGAUUUAGGGCCAGUUCUUCUUACAGGUAGUGUAAUACUAAAGAGAAGAGAAUACAGAGGGUUUUAAAUGUUUCCCCUACUUUUUUUUUUGGUACCGGGGAUCGAACUCAGGACCUUGCGCUUGAAAGGCAGGUAGCGGCACCAAUGAGCUAAAUUCCUAGCAGUCUCCCCUACUUUUGACUUAUGAAGUGGCUCUCUUACCUAUGAGUUUAUAUCAAUAUCAAAUAAACAUUGAGAAAGAACAACAGAGCGAUCAGUUUCCCAUCAUAUUUUUACAGCUUUGCCUUCCCACCAGAAGUAUUCCCAUACACCACACUAACUUUGCAGCCUGGAAGAGGGGCAAGUUCCUAGUCAAGAGACCCUAGACAUUGACCUGAAGCAUCUGCUUGCCCUCCUGAGGCAGGUGAGGAAUUCAGGCCAUUUUAGACUUCCAUAAUUUCAGUACUCCACAUCAGCACCUGUUUAGAUAGAACUUCCAAUUCCUUUCUAUAUAAGCUGAAUAAAUUGAGAGCUCUCAAACUGAAAAAGAAGAAGAAACAAAAACAGAUAGGGGAUGGGGAUAGGAAUGAAAGGCUUUGGUUUCUUUCUUUUUUUUUUUUUUUUUUUGGUACCGGGGAUCAAACUCGGGUCCUUGCACUUGCGAAGCAGGGUGGUGAAACCACUGAGCUAAAUUCCCGGCCCUUAGGCUUUUGUUUCUUAAAUGCUUACCAUGUAUGAAACUGUGUAUACCAUACUAAAAGAAGUCACACUGCAUCAGAGAUUUUGUUAGUUCAAAAGACUUCUCAAAAAUUCCUCCAUCCCUUUUGGCCUAUACAAAAAAUUAUGGAUGUUAAAGUAGUAUAUGUUCAUCAUAGAAGAGUAUACAAAUAACCACCUGUUAUCCCAAAACCCAGAAAUAAUACUAAUUUAGCUUUAGAACUGUAGGCUGAAAAGUAAGCCUUAAUUGCUGUGGGGAAAGAAAAUGAUCUGGAAACCAUGUCAGGAAAGUCACCAGUAAUAAAAGACUGAUGUUAAGAUUACCUCCUAGGAAUUGUUUUUUAAGUUUCCUGCCCUGAAAUGUGUAUAUAUUAGUUUGUACUACUCAGUCUAAAAGAACAUCCAGUUUUGUGAUCUUUAAAAUUUCAUAGUUUGGACUAUCCUGGGCUCCCAGUAGCAUACUGAUGUGCUCAGGCAAACACACUAGGAUCAGACUGGAAAGCUCAGGAAUUUUAAUCUUACACUGUUUCCCAGGGAGCUGUAUAGAUUGGAAAGCACUUUUCACAAAACAUUUUUGCUGAAAGAGAGAAAGUUGGCACUUCUUACUGGCUGCCUCCCCAUAGCUAUUAUGCUAAGCUUGUGAGUUUCAUUGGACUGCUUUUGGCAGUCAUUGGUUAUACUGUAAAACAUGUUUUCUCACAGCUGUGGCACAUAGAACCUAGGCCUGACCCAGAACAUGUUGAAUUGGGCAUCGGUUUUUCAGUGCUUGACAACCCUGAAUGUCCUGUAUGUUCUGCAUGGUUAGUGUUGUGCUCCUAAACACAGAGCAGCUAAAAGGCACUGUGGCCUGAAAGACCUGAAUUUCCUGUCCAGUUUAGAAGGUAGUACUAUUCUUAUCUUAAACUUUCCAGGGUUUAGAAAUUAAGUGUUGAAAAUAUUUCGUCUUUUGAAAAUAUUUUAGUCACUUAGGUACCUGUCUUCAGGUACCUAUAUUCUUGCCAGUCAAAAUAUUGAUAGGAACAUUAAUUUGAAUCUCCACUAAAAGUAAAAUGUCCAAACAUGAAGUGGUAAAUAUGAAUGAUGGAUUAUCCCUGACAGAUUAGAUACCUGUCACAUAUAAGAUCCUUGUCAUCUGUUGCUGGUGUUGUUCCCAGAGCUGCUACACCAGCUCAUGCAAUUCUGCUCUCCUGAGGACAGUAGUGGUGAAGAGGCAGGGGGCUGAGGAGGUCUUUGGCAGGCAGGCAAGGGAAAUCUCUGUCUCAGAGAAGAGGGAAGCAUGUGUGAACCAGUGGAGGAGCUGGCAAAGAGGCUGGAGCUGACCCUGGAUAAGAAGGCAGCUGAUAACGUUGGGCUGAGGCAAGAGGGACCUUGAGAGUGCUGCAGGCCUUCUUGAUGGUUUGCCUUGCACAUGGGAAACAGUGCAGCUGCUCUGCCACCUUCCCACUGGGAGCAGCCAGGAGAGGAUCCUGGUAGGAGGAGGGGGGUUGCCAUGGUAGUUUAAAAUAAGAUAUGAAUGUUGCAGCUUUCUGCCCUGGUCUGUCCCUCCGCACAUGAGUUAAUCAGUGAGAUCUUAAUUCUAUUUGCCUACAGCAUCUCCUUUCUAACGAGGGGCUCAUGGUUAUUUCACACUCAUUCUUCAGGAGACAUUAUUAAUCAGCAGUGAGUAGGUUCCUUGGGUGCUUGACAGUUUUACACUUUAAGAAAAAUUCUUUUGAAAAAAUAUUUACAGUUUUACUAACUUCUUUGGCUUUAUUUGCUUUUGUACAAUCUCAGAGGUCCUAUGGACUUAUAAAGAUGAAAGCCUUGAGUUUUUCUAGACUGUUCGCUCUUUCAUGCUUCUCAGUUCUAGCUAAAACUUUUAUUCUGUCUUCUCUUGCUAAGCCCCAGGAGAAAGUUCUACAGUCCCUCUAGAACCUUUGGUAGUGGGAUUAUUUGCCUGUCACAUAAAGUCUUUCAUAUUUUUCUAAGGAUCUAGAAAAACAAAGUUGUUGUCUUCUCACUCAGCAGAGGUCACAUGCAUGUUCCGUAACGGCUAGAGAUAGUAAGUACUUCAGCAGUCAGCUCUGCUGGCACAGCACAAAGGCAGCAUGAACAGCAGUACAUAUGAACAUGGCUGUGUUCAGUAAAGAUUUAUGUACAAAACAUCUCCUGACCCCUGAUUUCCAGCUUUGUAGACUGGCUACCUGGAAGGCAGGUAGGGAUUCAGAUGGGUUCUGAAGUGUCAUCUAUCACUUGGAGGCACCUAGCCCAUCUGAAUGUUGCAUCCUUGUGCACAUUUGGCACAACCAGACAAGGUGCAGUUGUAGUCUCAGCUCUGUAUCUGUGAGAGCUCACCAAUUUCUGAUUAAUCCUACCCUUUGCCGUGUAGUUGCUUACAAAUUUGAAUAGUUCUGUAGAGUGAAGAAUGCAUAAUUCUAGGUUAUUUGUCCUUUGUUUUACUCUCAAAAGCGUAAAUACUGGUUCUUGAAUGAUCAGAGGAUGGUUGAAACUUCCUGUGCAUUAGCCCCCAGAAUGAGGAACAUGGUUUGUAUCAUGGAAACUUUACUUGAGGUGAAUUUUGCUGUGUUGACAUGCUGGUAGAGCUGCGAUUCUUCCCCAGUCCUAUGGUAGGAUCUGUAAGUCCCUACUUUAUCAUGCUGCUUGAGACCAUAACUUAGUCACUUCUCAGGAUUUCUCUUUAUCAGAGGUGUUUUGUGUCACAACUCAUUACUCUGUUUAUCUUCAGAUCUGGAUACUAUAGAUGGUUGGUUAUGAGGACCUCACUAACUAUUUUGUGUUUACUUUUUAUAUGUGUAAAGCUCUGUAGUAGCUUUGAAACUGUAAUUUAUUUUUCUAUUAAGUGCACUGUAUUCAGUGUUUUGUAUAACUUGUAUUAGAAUCACAGUACUGAACUGUGAAUUGUCUGUACACUGAAAUGAGAAGUGUAGAUGUGACCUCAUUCAAAUAAAACUUUUGUGAGACAUUUGA